UUUACUUUAGUCGUCACCCAACAUGCGUUUCCAUAGCGAUUAUUUUGCAGGAAUAUCUGUGUUGUGACACUUUGGAAUAAAAACCGUUUUAAUGAUAACAGUCGUAUGACGAGGAAGCUGAAACCCGUACACACGAUCGAAGCUCUGUCGAUACAAGCUGGUCUGCGCAUGAACAGGCGUUGCGAGGGAGGUUGAAUAAUGGCUUUGUCUUGUGAAGAGUUUCGGAACGUCUGCCACGACUGACUAGCAAGGCAUACCGCGCGCGCUCUAGCCCCAGUCGUCACGAGAGCAUCAGUUGAUGAUUCUCUGAUUAAUCAAUGUAGUAGUUGUAACCAGGUGAAAAUGAUUGCUGGAAGUAACGACAUGUGGCGGGAAAAGUCUCGUGCACAGAUGGUGCCAUCUUCCCAGGAGUCUGCGCUCUCUAGAUAGGGCUGCUUAUGGCAUGGGCUAAUGUAUUAUUCACAGCGGCGACGUAGGAAGUAAAUAAAACCGCAUCGUGAUGAAUCGUACGGAAGUCCUACUGCCAAGCGCAUAACUGUGAACACAUCGUGUCUAAUGGAGGACGGGUGAAAUAAAUUUACAAUACUUUUUUAAUUCCUUACUAUUUUUUUUGCUUUUAUUUUUUUCACUCCUGUUGUUUUAUUAUUUUUUUUUUUAUUGAAAUAUGACAAUCGUUGAGUCAGUGCGAUUGCGAACGACGAAGAAAGGUGAACCCCCAAGGCAUGGAAACGUGUACGAUGAACGAGGGUAUUACGGAUUCUAAGAACGGUGAUGGUUUCAGAUCGUCGGAUAACGAUGACAACGCGACCCAGAGGAAGGAGAGGGACGAUCGGAUGCUGCUCAAUGUGGGCGGGGUCCGGCACGAGACGCACGUGUCGACGUUAUGUAAUGUCCCCAACACGCGCCUGUCCCGUCUCGCCGAGGCCCAUAUCGAGGCGGAGAGGGACAGGGAGGAAUACUUUUUCGAUCGCCAUCCCGCCGUCUUCAACUCCAUCAUCGACUUCUACAGAACUGGAGAGCUGCACGUUCCGCUGGAGGUGUGUGGCGCCGUUGUGAAGCGGGAACUCGACUUCUGGCAGAUCAACGAGUACGAGAUCCGGGCAUGCUGCUGGCGGCAUUACAGGUCGUACAUCGAGAACCAACGAAUCCUCGACUCGUUCAACAAGAGUCUCUACAAGGAGGCCAUGUCUGUCAACCUGGACGGACUGACGGGCUGGAGCUACUGGCAGAUGAAGAUCUGGCUCAUCCUAGAGUACCCGAGAACCUCGCGCUCCGCAAUGAUUUACGGCAUUGCGUCUUUCCUGUUCGUGGUGACCUCCAUAGCAGGUUUUUGCCUGGAGACUUUACCGCAACUGCGGCCACGUCUGAACGUGUCGAGACCGUGCGACGGCGACUCCAAGGGCGAUAUCGCCAUAGUGAUGGCGUCCCACGAGGCGCUCAACGUCCUGGACGUCAUCUGCACCGUGUUCUUCACGCUGGAACUGAUUUUUAGAUUCGCGUUUUCGCCCAACAAGUUGCGGUUCGUGCGCUCUGCGAUGAACAUCAUAGACCUGCUGGCCCUGGUCCCCCUGUACGUGCAGGUGAUUUUCCAGCACUCGUCUCUGCAGGCGUGCUACCUGAACGAGCGCCUGGUCAUCGAGAUCAUGUUCAUUCUCCGCAUCAUCAGGAUGUUCCGGAUCUUCCACUUGGUGAAGCAUUACCAGGCUCUCAAAGUCCUCGUGUAUGCGCUAAAGGCCAGUCUGCAGGAGCUGAUGAUGUUGUUUAUUUUCCUCUUGAUCGGCAUGCUAGUGUUUGCCACCAUGAUCUACUAUGCAGAGCGCAAAGACGCUGUCACCCCAAGCGACACCUUCAAUACCAUUCCCGUGGGCUUCUGGUGGGCCAUCAUCACCAUGACGACCGUCGGAUACGGCGACGUGUAUCCCAAGACUCCUAUAGGAUACAUCGUCGGCACGGCGUGUUCCGUCAGCGGUGUUCUCCUUGUAGCUCUGACGAUUCCAGUUAUAUCCAACAAUUUCACGCUGUUCUACAGACACGUUCGUUCCAGGGGCAAUGGUUGUGGAGUGAAAAUCUCGGCUGCGUCACUCGUGUUGCACGAGAAUUCCAAACCACAGGAAACGGAAGGCUCGGUCUCCGCGGCCAUCCGGAAGUCGUCUGCUGAAUCUGCUGUAGUUGGUCCCUACAUGAACGGAAAACUAAAACCCCGCGAUAUCGAGGACAAAGAAACGACUGUGUACGUCCCACUUGCAAAAUUCUCCGACGCCAACCCCAUGGGGGACAUUAUGUUGAAAAAAUCUCCUUUAAAUUUCAGUAUGAAGCGGAAUAAAUCUGUAAAGAGUCGGCCGGACGAUGGCGUCACAUAUCACGUGGAAACAAUUUUGUGAUGGUCACGCUAAGCCGUUAUGAACCACCAUAAACAAAGGUGAAAGGUCAAAGUGAAAGAUUGUACAUGUGCAAAUCAGCGGUAGGCACAAAUUCUGACCCGGAUAAACAGUGCGGGUUAUAGAAAAUAUUUCUAUAUGAGUAUCAGGUAAAUGUAAAUAGAAAAAACCCCAGCAAAAACAUUUCAUCUGUCUGGACUGUGCACAUCUUUCAUAGCAGUGACGCGGAUUCUUCCAAAUGUUUGUGAUAUUAAGGAUUGCCUCUGUCUAAAGUUAUUUUAUUCUGUCGUAAAUUCCUCCAGCGACACCAGUGCAGUUGUAUUUAGUGUGAUUUAUGUUAUUUUCAAGUAGAUUUCUAGGCAAUAUGCAUCUCAUGAUUCUGUUUGUGGAACAUCUUGCCACACGUUGUUGCCUUCUCUGAGACUGCUACAGGACUUGAUUUUGUGAUUCGAAUUUUGUUUAAAAAACAAGUUAUUGCAUUUGUUUACGGUAGUUAGAGCUAUUCCAGUGAUACCAUGGCCGAGAACAGUAAGAUGCUAAGUUUUCCAAUAACUACCACCUAAAGAAUAGAAUUAAAUAUUUUUUUGCAACCACCGAUAAAAUGCAAUGAUAGAAUAAUCAUCUACUUUGUAGAACAGACGUUAUGUUCUGGCAAUUAUAAUCACAUUUACAUUUCACAUGUAUUUAUCAUCCAUACUCACUAAAAAUUACCCUUUUCCAUUUUUAAACAAUCAAAAUCAUCUAUGUCAGGUAAAAUCAUCUGUGUCAGGUAAAAUCAUCUGUGUCAGGUAAAAUUUCUAAACCCAGUAUGCCUAAAACAUCACCUCUUACUCUCGACAAUGGGAUCAUUACCCGAAUAUGUCUUAUUAGAUAGAUCUCUAUUUGCUAGUGCUAAGCAGACGCGUGUCCCAAGGUCAAAUAUUUCCGUACGUCAUAUUCAGCUGUACACAGCUAGCAUUGGCAAUAGUAAUAUACCAGUUUUACAGUUGUAAUUAAACACUGUCGACUACACAUCUUCGCAAAAAUCAUUAUACUUGAAAGGCGAUAUUAACUAUUAGUUCUGUAUUUGAUUUCAGAGGUACAUGUAAUUAGUAGUUUUCGACAUUAAACGUACAACGCUGACAGAUCAAGAAAGCGCUGUAAUAUCGGAUGUGUUUUAUUUUCUAAAAUAGGUUUGCCUUGUACGGUUUGUAAAACAUUUUCGGCUAGGUGCGCUAUUAGUUCAUCUGAGAUCUGAUAUAUUUUAAAUAAUGUUGCAUAUUAUUAAGGAACUUGCGACAAAAAUAAACAUAUAUUUUUCAAAGGUUCCAUUACAGUAUAGACAAGAAGUCUUCAACAAAAUCAAAAUUAACUAAAUCAGAACGGUGUGCAAAUCAGUAUAAACUAUCUGUAAAAUACAACCCAGUAUCAGGACUGAAUUUCAGUGAAGAUUAUUACAUCUGGAUAUAUGCACAUGUAAAACACCCCACAAGGAUUUAAAAACAAACACAAUUUUGUUGAAUGGAAUGUUUUAAAAAUGUAUAAUUAAACAUUUAAAAGCGAUAAAAUUAAAAUAACGUUUUUAAAUUGACAUUAUCAAUUUGAAUGAAUUUAGCACACCUUAUUUACCCCCAUCCCCACUCACCUGAUAUGAUAUUAUAAAGUUAACACUAUGUAUUACACACAACCGUUUAUCACCCUCAAUGUGUUUAUUUUAUACCUAAAAUUCUUCGUGCAUUUAAAAGAAAUGAUAUAUUGUGAUUUUAAUCAUCGAACUUAAAAGAUAAUAUUUUGUGUAUCUGUUGAACUGCUGGUAAAUCUACCCCAGAUUCAUAUUUACCAUGCUAAAAGAACAUUGAGCAGUUUUAAUGAUAGGGGAAGUUACUCUACUGCUGUAUGAUUUUACUUUGUAGUAUGCGAUUACUUCCCCUACAAUGACUAAUACCGUAGUUGCCGCGUUUUCAAAAGAAAAAAACCCUGUGUUGACCGAGACUCGCGACCAGACCGCCCCACUUACCCUACCUCUCCCACCAUUGUGUACGUCUCUGCUUCAUUAGUGAUUAAAAUAAACGAAACAAUGAUAAGAAAAAAGAAAGAAAGAACGAAAGGUAUAGGCUGUAAUUUAAAUAACCAAAUACGAUGAUGAAUGUAUAGUGAAUACCGACUGACCGCCUUUAAAAACUGUCCGCACAUUCCUAACUGUUGAUAUGGAGUGAACAUGAGGUAAAAUCAAAUUAAGCAGCUUGUGAUCUAAAAACUAGGUUUUCGUAAUGCUUAUAAUCAUCUACAGAAUACUGGUCUGUGAGGAGAACGUUAGUGACUGCUAACUACACUUUAUACCCAUGAACAAUAUGUUGACAUCUUUGAAUUGUACAGUUGAUGCCAAGUUCGUGUUGUUGAUCUUCAACUCCAUGUUGAUACAAACAAAUUCAGUUGGACAUGCGCAUUUCAUUUUGAUGGACAUGUACGUCAUGCCGAUAAAAUCGAAUUUCAAGCUGGAGGUCACAAACGUCAUUUUGAACUAUGCGAAUGUCUGUUCAGUAGCCUGCAUAUAAAACUUCAUUGAGGGAGCAGCGAACUGCACAUUAAUACAUGCGAAGUUCGUAGUGUUAAUUAUAUACGCCAUGCUGAUAUAUACAUAAAUAAACUACAUGGUAAUUAUCAACUACACGUUGAAGAACGACGUUUACGCUCGUGUACUACAGAUAAUGACGUAAACAUUAUGGAAGUCAUCAAAGUCAUGUAAAUGCUGUUUAUUCUUAGAAUGAAUUGUAAAAUUAUCGUGGACUCUGUCUAAACUGUUGAUCUCCAAAAUGUUCCAUUAAAAUUCUUACAAAUUUGCUAAGUUUUCGUAAUCCAGACAGCUGUUUCUGCAUUAAUAACAAAGUAAACUUAUAAAAGCUAUACAUUUUUCUUUAAAGAAUGAUUACCUUUCUGUCAAAAAUGAAGGACAUUAAUAAAAACAAUGGUACUGAUCACCUACACAAUUCUAUAAUGUACAAUAUGUUUGUUAAAAAAGGGAUGUUACUUCAACGUCAUCGUUCUACAAAUAAUAUGUGGUUACCAGAACUAAAUUUAAUUAACAGUAUUGAGAGUUUGUGGUUUUUUAACAAAUUUUUUUUUAUAUAUAUAAACUUAUAAGCUAAAUUCUAAUUUAAUACAAUUAUUCAUUUUACCUUUUGGGGUAUUUAAUUAUCACUAUUGCAUUCUUUGCGGAAAUAAUAUUUAAGUCUUAUUUCUGUUGUAGAUAACAACCAUCCCUUUUUUGAAAAACAUUAUUGUUGCCACAUAUAACUUAACCCACAAUCAUCUUUUGACAUUAUUUAACCAAAAGGACUUAUAUGUGUCAUUGUAAUAUGUGUAAAACAAGUUGUUACAUAAACUGGAAAUUAAUUUGUUUCCCUUGUGCAGCUUUUUUUUCUUUGUUUUUCCUUUGUUUGUUUUUUGUUUGUUUUUUUACAUCAUUAUGGUAUUAUCCUUGUAAUAACUUGUAAAUUAAUGGGUAUAUUAUUAGUUUCGUCAUGCAGCAUUUAAUGAUGAAUACUUUUCAUUCUUGAAGAAAGUCGCCGGUAUACUCAGCGUACCGGAUUAGUCAUCAAGCUACUAUCACUGGACGGAACUUUGAGAUCUUUCCCAGUUUACACAAUUAUCAGGAUUACGCAGACGUCCUCUGUAUUACGACAAUACUCUUCUAUUAAUUUAAACUGAUUUUAGUUGAUUAGACUAGUGUUUUUCAAUGUUCCUGUUGGUCAAUAUGUACUGUAAUUAUGACAUGUAUUAUGCACUGGAGUCUUUCAGACUGGAGAUGGAUACUAUUAAUUACUCUAUGCGAUCCACUUAUAAUGUGCUAUGCAAAUAUUUGUAAUAUACUUUUAUUGCUGUAGUCAUUUUAUCAUUACAAUAUUUGACGCUAUUUUUAGUUACGCUUAUGGUAGGGUCUUGAUGUCAUUAGGGGCUUCACCAUUAGCGCUUGUUAAUUGGGGAGCAUGGGGAUGGAGGGAUUUGUUAAAUAAAAGAAGACACAUUCAAAGUUGAUUUUAAAAAUGAUGUUCUUAUUUGUUUUUUAUUUGAUCUGUUCCACACCCAGCCAUUGUACCUGCCAGGGCCCGUUCUUAUAAAACAUUUAGAGUCCAUGCUCAAUCUAUAAUGACGUCACACACAUACAAUUUGUAUGGUAUUGUCAUGCUAUUACUGUAUCGGACUCUAUUAGAGUCUCGAGUCUAGACUCUUAAUGUUUUAUAAGCACCAGGCCAGAGACUGGGAUGGACGUGCCUGGACCUUUAUUUGUUAAAGGCACAUUAAUAAAGUUACUUGGACUUGAUUUUCGUUUAAAGAAAUUACUGAAAAAUGGCUCGGGCCUCCAAGAAGGUCUGUAAAUGUAAAUAUGUUAAAUAACCUCGAGCUUUCAGGACUUUUCAGAGUAAUCAUUUUUUAAUAUAUAUAUAUUGGCGUUUAAAUUCUAUUAUCAUUUAAAGGGAUAUGAUCACGUUUACAACAACGUGUGGUAUUUCAGUCCAAAAGUUAAUUUCUUCCAUGAAUUAGUAAUGCUUUCAAUCUAAUCAAACGAAAUUUAGUUCUUAUUUCUGAGUGUAUAACCACCUGCAUAUUUGAUUUGGAAACGCGUAAAUGCUUAGUUUCAUGAUAAUAAUUAUGAACAUUCUGAAUUGUCGCACAUUCUGUAAGAAGAAUAUAAUCAUUUCAAAUGGUAGAUACCAAAUUCUAAUAAUAAUAAUUCUAAUAAAAUUCUGGCGCGCUUACACGGUCCCAUCAAGGCACUUUCUUUAGCUUCUAAAGAUACUGGUAACACAUCGAAUAAAACAAAUAUUUUAAAUAACAAUCUAUAAAGCUUGGUUUCCAUAAAACAGCCAACACGUCAUCGACCGAUGCAGACUGAUGCAGAUCAACGUAGACCAAGGAAUGUUUUUGAAAGUUAAUUAUUAUGUUUUUGGUAACAUAGUCGCAGCCGCCCUGCGUUGUUCUGCGUCGGACCGGGAAAGCUGAAACCUUUUCAGUUUUGCAGGUCUGUCUCAGAACGUCUGCGUUAAUCUGCAACGGUCUUGGUCCAUUACAGAUUUUAUGAAAACCAAGCUAGUUUCCACGAGAAGUACCAUGAAAUACUGUAAGCGAGACACAGACCGUUAACAUUAAGUUAGUCAUAUUCCGUAAUUUAGGUUCUAACUUAUCAAACUUUAACACAUGUCUUUGUAAGGGCAUCAUGUAAGUAAUAUAUCAAGGUAAUGUCAUUUGGACUAUUUCUAAUGAAACUAACACUCGUUUUUGAAAUCCAGCAUCCCGAACCUAUUAAAUUUCUGCAUCCAACAAUAAGGACGUUGUUGUGUUUAUUAUACAUUCCACUAUAAAAUUCACCUAUAUGCUUAUUAUAUAUAUUUAUAACUGUACAUGUUAUUGUUAUAUCAGUGGUACGUUUUAACAGACGUGUUCAAAAUGAGAACAAUUUUUUAUAAAGUUAUUAUGUACAGUUAUGUUAUGGUUGUACUUUUAAUUAAUAUUCAACCAUAUGCAUAUGUUUUUCCUGUUUUCUGAACUAGUAAAUGAAAAUGUUAAUUUUCAAUCCAUAUGUAUUUUAAUCUGCUUUCAUAUACAUGUAGAUGGAAUAUUAAAUAUUUUAAUUUAUUUAGUCUCCACAUAUUCAAUAUGCUUUAUAAUUUUACUACAGUGCAUACAUAUACCCCUUUAUUAUAAAACCAAAUCUUGUUGCGAGUACACAAAUUCCACAAAUGAAUGAAUGGAUGACUGUUUAACGACAACUCAACACAAAAAUAUACAUCGGCUAUUGGGUUUCAGAAAAGGUGUCUUUACUUUAUGUUUAUUGUCAUAUUCCAGACAAUGCCCACACGAACCAGUGGUGUGUGUUUGUGUGUGUGUGUGUGUGUGUGUGCGCGCGCGCGCGUGUGUGUGUGUGUGUGUGUGUGUGGUGUGUGUGUAUUUGAGUGUGGUGUGUUUUUGUAUGGUGUGUGUUCGUGUUUGUGUGUGUGUGUGUUUGUGGUGCAUAGUUUAUGGUUGGGGUGGCUGGCGUUUAUGUGUGUGUGGUGUGUGUGUGUGUGUUCGUGUUUGAGUGUAUUUGUGGUGCGUAGUUUAUGGUUGGGGUGGCUGGCGUUUAUGUGUGUGUGGUGUGUGUGUGUAUGUUCGUGUUUGAGUGUGUUUGUGGUGCGUAGUUUAUGGUUGAGGUGGCUGGCGUUUAUGAGUGUGUGGUGUGUGUAUGUUCGUGUUUGAGUGUGUUUGUGGUGCGUAGUUUUUGGUUGAGGUGGCUGGCGUUUAUGUGUGUGUGGUGUGUGUUUGUGGUGUUAUAUGUGUGUGUAUCUGUAUGUGUGCACGUGCAUGCGUUUGUGUGUGGUGCGUAGGAUGGCUUGCGACUGUGAUGUUUUGAUGAUGAUAGGUAUGAUUGAUCAAUGAACGUGGUGAUAAGGGAACCAAUGUUUUCACACCUACCACCUAUAGAAAAAUAUUAAUAACUGCAAAAUCUCUAAAAGGAUUUAAUGUGACACUCACCAUGUAUUCUCCAGGUACCAAUUUCACAAAACGUCGUAAGCCUAGUUUUGUUUUUAAACGUAAAUAUACGACUAAAUCACAGUUCGUUUAACUACAAACAAUACAAGUAAUAUAUACUGACGUACAUAAGAAAUAAUACCAAGAACAAAUUAUUUAAAUUCCUUUAUAAUUUGGAUAUGGGAAAUGAAAUGCUGACAUGUUUCUGCGUUUAAGGAAUGAAAUUUUGUGCACAUGUUAGAACACCAUAUAUAUAUAUAUCUUUGGAACAUGCAGCAUGUUUUGUUGUUUUUUCUUCAAGUCUCUCGGAGUCUUGGUAUAGUUUCUUGUGGACAUCAGUAAAUUUUGAAAUAAACAUAUUUAACAUCUUUCAUCGUAACUCUAAUACAUCUUCCAUCAUGAUGUAAUUUUCUCUGUAAAACAGAUAAUCACCACAUGAUGUAAACGUCGACAUGUCUAACUGCCAGUAGUAAACGCCAAUUUACGAUGUUUUGUCAAAUUGGCUCCAGCGCGUCUGUCCACGUACAUACCAUGAUGCACAUCACAACACUGCUUAUAACUUGUUGAAUUUGCUUAACACGACACCCCAUUUUAGUAAUGGUUCGAUUGUUCGUUAUCGUUUUAAGUUGUUUUAUGUUUUCAAUAUCCUUGCGUACUUAUCGCGGGAAAGCUAGGAAAACGUGGAAGAAGUGAAUAUAACAUGGUAGAUCGACUUUUAUGACCCUAAUUCACAACGCUCUCUUAUGGGCGUUCUCAUUUGCGAUUAGUCGCAACGAUUUGUAUGCGAUCGAAUCGUACGGUGAGAACACCUAUAGGCCGUCCCACAGAGAACGCCUUUUCUCAACUAUGGAAUUUACCACAAGUUAUUUAUUUCUGGGCCGAUUGUUUUCUAGACUGCAUACAAAAAUAGUAUUUUCUUGCUAUUUUUAAAACACAUUUACUGUUCUUCUUACGUCAAACCAAACUGAAAUUAUUUACAAAAAAAGUUUUAAAGAAUGAUGGGACGGACUAUAAAUCGGAACGACUUUAGUCAUAUACAUGUGUACAUUCCGAUUUUUGUAGGGCCGACAACUUGCAUGCGACAAGUCGCUACGACUAAUCACAUAAUAAGAACGCCCUUUUAGGUUAGUCUGUUUGCAUUGUAUUGCGAGAUCGUAAAGUUGCGAGCGUUUACUGAAUUGGGUCACAGAGCUCCCCCCCCCCCCCCCCCCCAUUCAUGCAAAAAAUCCCCACCAUUCAUUCAGCAGACCGACAUGGCAUGUACAACUAAGAGUUGUCUCCCAUCACCUUCAUGUUACAAUUUCGAUUUCAAGGCUUUUUAGGAAAGAACAUUCUGUCCGAUGCUCAGCCACUGGCCUUGCCAGAGACGGGACGUGGGAUGGGCGUGGCUGAACCUCUUUUGGAUAUAGGCACGUAAAUAAAGUACCAGUACCAGUAACAGGAAAAAACAACUUGUUGUAUAUGAUCUUGUUACAAAUAUACAUAUUUUGAACCAAUCUAUAACAGAUGCUGUCGAAUUUCUUUUUAAAAUUCUGUGUAAACAUUGUUUUUAUCUUUCAGAUAAUGUAGAGUUUCCCUUUGUUAUUUUUGUAUUUAAACAUCACAUAUAGCAGCUACUUUACUUGUGCCUAUUGAUGAGUUUGCUUGAAAAGCAAUGUAAUAUAUUUGCAGAUAAAGCAUUUAAUUGUAAGCACGGUUUCUAUUCAUACUGACAUUUUUAUGUUAACGAGUUCUAGAGGCUAUUUUUUUUAUGAAUUCGUUUUUAUUAUUAAGUAACAAUUAUACAACAUAUCCAUAUAGGAAUGUUACGAAAUCCAUAUGCUGUAUAAAACAAGAUAGUUAGUUCUACUUUUAUGAUACGUAACAGAGUUUUACCCACCAGGUUCAUGCAGGCACGGCGGACGCAAGUAAACAUUGGGGGGGGGGGGGGGGCUGACUGAGAUCGAGGGCGCAAAGCAAAGUUUCUAGGGGGUUCGGGGUAUGCUCCCCCAUACAAAUUUGAAAACUAGAUGUCCUGAAAUGCAAUUCCCUGCAUUGUACAAGUAAAAUUCAUCUCUGCCUUAAGAUGUACUACCAAUACUAUUUUUGUGAUGAUGAUAUUUUGUGACCUACUGAUUAUCAUCAUACAGAAAUACUUAUUACACGAGCUGGUUUGGGUGGCCCACUUCCAGACUUGAUUACACGGCCGUGCCUAGCAGGGAUUGGUUGCAAAAAGGUCUACUGAAGACGACCCCCCCCCCCCCCCCCCCUCCAGCAUAAGAUAAGAGUUACAGUGCCUCCCACCUCCCCUUGUGAUCAGUUCUGGAUAAAAAAUCAAACAAAAGGUUAGUAAAGCUUUCAUUAUUAUGUGUCUUGGUGAGUAAGUAACAUUCACGUGUACGCUUAGUCAUACGAAAAGACACACGAGAUUAUAUAUAUAUAUAUAUAUAUAUAUAUAUAUAUAUAUAUAUAUAUAUAUAAAUUCUAUUCAGGGUUUUACCUCUUUUUUAACCACAAAACAUAAUCACAAUGCUAUUUGUUGUUGUUUCUUUUUGUUAUUGUAUUAUUGACUAUACUCCUACAAUUAUGACAUACUAAGACUGUUUACAAACUGAUCUGAUCAUGUCGGUGUUUCUAAAAUGUUAAUAUAAAUAUUUUGUUUAUUUCUUUUUGUUUAUUUACAUGUUAGUGUAGGUUUCCACGACAACUUGUGUUAUACCAUUAUGCCUCAUGGAGUGGACCCUCCAGUGUUUGUGUUAUAAAUAACUCUCACUCAUCGUUGAUGUCUUAGCUCUGUUCUCGCAGAGCGGUCGUCAAGAAUCACUUAUGUUUAUGUUAUUUUUAAAUUCAUAUCCACGGUUGAAAGUUGCUUGAAUUAUUAAAUUUUAAUAAACUUCAACUGUAAAUCAG